CGUUGGUUAGACGGUACAGUAUAGUCUGUAUAGUGCAGUACUAUCAGCUAUCAACCUUUCAUGAUAUCUACUUUCCAAUUUUGUUUUUUGUAAAUAUGUAAGAAAUGAUAGUGUCAUAAUAGUAGUUAAAAGUAAUUAAAGAAAGUACUGUUUGAAAGUGAUGCUGGAAAAGUAUAGGAUGGUACUAAAACAUAUGUGAAUUAUCAAAAGAUAUGUCACAAAUUUGAAAAAUAUAUUUUACUUGUCAUUUAUUUGAAAUCAGUAUUUUAACACAUUUCGAUUAACGUUAGCAAAUAUACGAAGUAAUAAUGAUAGAAUCAUCAGCUUGGAAUUCGAAAAAGGACGAGACCAUAUACAAAGCGGCAGGUUCGAUACACUUACGAAAAUAUGGACAGUUUUUUGAGAAUUUAGCUAAGCAAACAUGGAAAAAAGAUUCUACAUUAGAAUAUUUUAUGGAAGGUCCUCUUCGGCUUGUAUACAAACCUGUUGAGGAUAUCAGCUUGAUAAAUUUAAUAGAAAUGGAAAAUAAAUAUUUAUCAAAGCUACUUGCUGCAGUUGCCGGUACCUGCAGAGAAAUUAGACUUCUUGUGAUGGAAGCUAAGAUGUUCUAUAAAAAAUUGUUUACUCAUGGUGAAAGAGGGGCAGAGAAUAAUCAGAAUAAUAUCACAUCUCUUUUGUCUGAUCUGCAAGAUCUAUUUGUUUUUGUGAAUAGGAUAUGGACAGUAGCACAUUUGACAACGGAACAGUUAUCUAGUCUAGCAGGUGACUCUAAUGAUAUUUAUUUACCUGUAUUAAUAGAACAUUUUAUUGAUUUGUUUAUAAUCGUUUUGACAUUGGAUGAAAUUAUUGAAUCCCAGCCUUCAUUGUUAGAACAGUGGAAAAAGUACAGAAUGAAUGUGCGUUCUAUCAUGCAUAAUCCAUUGCAAUUUGGCAUAAGUGAAUCUAAAUUACAUACACUGAAUAAGUUAUUAAAAGAUUUACAAGAGAAUUUAUUAAAGAAAGUUUUAUUUUUUAAGACGAUUGAACGCAUAAUGGAUGUGAAUAAAGGACCUAUAAUGAGUGAACAGAUUACCAAUUAUUUGAAAAAUUUAAUGGUAGACAUAGAAAAUAAACCAAAUGAUUAUGUUUCAUUGAAUAAAAGUUGGAUCAAAAUAAAUAUUGGAAUUGUUGUAACGACAAAAUUAUUUGGCACCUGUGAUAAAAGAUUAAUUAAAAGAGUGCUUGAAAAUAAUAAAAAGUUUUAUGCUGUAAAUUUAAUUGGAAAUGUCAUAUGGAUUCCCAGUAAAUUUUUAAGUGAUUUUUUGCCAAAAGAAGCUGGUAAUGCUGUUAGUCAACAAGUAGGAGAAAAAAUACUAUGUUUGAGGAUACAAAAACUUUCCCAGACUGUGAAUGGCUUAAUUCAAAAAGCAGUAACAUGGUGCAUUGAAAUGCAAAGUAUUUUAAUGAAAACAAGUCUUCAGAUUUCAGAUAUUGGGCAGAAACAAACUUUAUUAAUUGAUUUAGUUGCAUUGUUAUCUCAGAUUAAAGAAAUUGUAUCUUUUAUAAUAAAUAUGCAUGCGAUUCUUAUUAAACCAAUGAAUCGUAACACUGUUCAAUUAAUUUGUAGAUUAAUAGAAGUACAAAAGUCUUUGCAGACUACAUUUUACAUAUUGGGACCAGUUAUAGUGCAAUCACAAAGUCAAGUAUUACAAUACUUGAGUUAUUAUAUUUUAAUUACAUUGGAAACUGCUCGGAAGAGUUUAAUUCAGAAGGAUAAAGGUUAUAGCAGAGAAAAACUGGAUGCAUUGUCACUAGUGGGUUUAAGUAUGAGAUUAUUAAAUGGACCACCAAGUGCAGAUAGAAGAUUAAUAAUCAGAUGUGCUCUAGCAUGUGCUAGUCAAUUAACAGAUACUUUUAAGGAAGAGGACAUGGUGAAAUUGAGAUUUUCAUUGAACAAUUACGAUAUUGUUGCUGAAUUGUAUAAUAUUAUUACAGAUAUCUGUGAUUACUCUAUAUUAUUAUAUCAUCAGAAUAUAAUUCCAGCUUAUUUUUCUUCUGUAAUAGAUAGUAAUUUAAGUAUAAAUCACAUAGUUCAUUUGUUUAAUGCAUUUAACAGCACCAUUAACGAACAAGAAGGAUUAAAUUUAAAACAGAAAAGAAUUAUGCAAUUAAGAGAAAUGUUGACUAAGAAUAUAUUAGAACCUGUUUGUCAUGAGAUUGAAACUAAUCUAAGACUUCAUGUCCAUGCACAUUUAAAAUUGGAUUCUACAAAUCCAUUCAAUAUUGGGGCAAAAGAUGGUGGAAGAAUCGUACGAUCAUUACCACUACCUUUAACAAAUAGUAUGAUAUACGCUAAAAGAUUCAUUGAACAUUACCUUGAUGAUAUGUUUUACAAUCUCACUACAGUAGCAUUACAUGAUUGGAGAACAUAUAGAAUGAUGCAUGCUUUGGCACAUUAUAAAUUAAAUCUAGAUACUGUACAAAACUAUUUACCUACACAGACCUUGGAACAGGGCUUAGAUGCUUUAGAAAUUAUGAGAAAUAUUCAUGUAUUUGUAUCAAAAUAUUUAUAUAAUUUAAACACUCAAACUUUUAUUGAACAUACUAGUAACAAUAAACAUUUAAAUACUAUUGGAAUUCGACAUAUAGCAAAUUCUAUCAGAACACAUGGAACUGGUAUUAUGAGUACAACAGUUAACUUUGUAUAUCAAUUUCUUCGUAUAAAAUUACAUACAUUUUCACAAUUCCUUUUUGAUGAACAUAUAAAAUCGAGAUUAAUGCGAGAUAUAAGGUUCAUCAAGGUUCAAAGAGAAAAUGGUAGAACACCUUAUACAUAUGAAAGAGCAGAAAAAUUUCAGAAAGGGAUCAGAAAAUUAGGUAUGACACCUGAUGGUUUAAGUUAUUUAGAUCAAUUUCGACAAUUAAUAACUCAAAUUGGAAAUGCAUUGGGGUAUGUACGAUUAAUUAGAUCUGGUGGAUUGCAUGCUAGUUCAAAUGCUAUUUCAUUUCUGCCAAACAUCGAUUCAUCUGUACCAUUUGAAUUAAUGUGUAAAAAUUUAAGUUAUGAUGUAACAACUCAAUCAGCAGCAAAGUGUUUAGAAAAUAAUAUUGCAAAUUUAAUACGAAACUUUACAGAAGGAAGAAUACAAUACUUCAAACUUCUUGUUGAUGUAUUUGCAUCUGCUUUUCGAGAUACUGAAUCGCAUCAUUUGCAACAAUUUUAUGCUAUUGUACCUCCAUUAACAUUAAGUUUUAUUGAUAACUCAAUAUCGAAUAAAGAAAAAAUGUUUAAGAAAAAUCAAACAGGUGCAGCUUUUACUGAUGAUGGUUUUGCAAUGGGAAUUGCUUAUAUAAAUGCUCUUUUAAAUCAGUCAUCAGAAUUGGAUAGUUUACAUUGGUUCAAAACAGUUGAACAGCAUAUAAAUGCUGAACAGCAGGCUGCAGAAAGUAAAAAUGUUCAAGGAGAUGAAAAAUUGCAACAAACAAGAGCAUUAACAUUAAAACGCUUAGGUGAAAGAAGUGCUGAAUUCCAAUUGCUCUAUUAUAGUUUGUCUGGCGCUAGAGUAUUCUUUAAACAGUCUGAUAUGUAAUAUUCCACAAUCUGUAAAAUGUAUUAUGGAAUUAAUUAAUUGCAAUGUGAUUGUUAAGUAUUCUUGUUUCAUAUUUCUCAUUACUAUUGUAUAAAGAAUGUCAAAUUAUAUACUGUAUAAUACUAUUAUGUGCUUUAUAAAAAAUAGCUUUAAAACACUUUA